CAGAGAGAGCGAGGUAGGGGGAGAAACUCAGUGUUGGGGAGUGAAGCAGAGGACUGUGGAGAGGCUCAGCAGGCUGGGGGAGAAGCAGGACACCUGGAGAGAAGGGGAUCACUGUGAAGGGAAGCCGAGCACAGGACUGGGGACAGAAGCACAGCCCAGGACUGGGGACAGAAGCACAGCACAUACUGAGCACUCCCUGUGUGAGCUGCUCAGCCUGUAAUAAAGCACAAUGUGGAAGAGAUGAGGUUGCUCACACACAUAGGAUCUAUGCAAGCAGAAGGCUGCUAUUGCCUGCCCUAAAGGAAGAUAAUUUUUUUAUUGCCAUUUUUUAAAUUAUCAUUUUUUUAAGAUCAGAGGGGAUCUUUACUCAGAGAUGUGUUGCAUUUCUUCUUGAUCAUGGAGAUAGAGAACAUUGUGGCCAACACUGUGCUGCUGAAAGCCAGAGAAGGGGGAGGUGGGAAACGGAAUGGUCGCAGUAAGAAAUGGAAGGAAAUGUUGCGGCUGCCCCAUAUAAGUCAAUGUGAUGAGCUUCGACGCACUGUUGACAGGGACUACAACAGUCUAUGUGAGAAGCAGCCUAUAGGAAGACUCCUCUUCAGACAGUAUUGUGACACCAGGCGGGAACUGAAAAUAUGUAUAGAGUUUCUGGAUGCUGUGGCAGAAUACGCAGUGGCUCCAGAUGAGAAGCUCAAACAUCACGGGCUGAAAGUAUUGAAUACCUAUUUCAACAAUGGGUCUGCUGCCCGUUUGCCAGAAAUACCUCAGGAAACAGUUAAUGAAUGUAAAGAAGGAUUGGAGCAGAGCCCGUGUAAAGAGAUUUUUGAAGGCUGCACUAGAAUUGUGCAUGAUUACUUGCGUGGUGUGCCGUUUGAGGAUUACCAAGAGAGCAUGUACUUCUCGCGCUUCUUGCAGUGGAAAUGGCUAGAACGGCAACCAGUGACUAAGAACACAUUUCGACAUUACAGGGUGCUUGGUAAAGGAGGCUUUGGAGAGGUUUGCGCUUGUCAAGUGAGAGCGACUGGAAAAAUGUACGCCUGCAAGAAGCUAGAGAAGAAGCGGAUAAAAAAGAGGAAAGGAGAAGCUAUGGCAUUAAAUGAGAAGCAGAUUUUAGAAAAAGUAAAUAGUCAGUUUGUAGUUAGUUUAGCGUACACGUAUGAAACAAAGGAUGCUCUGUGCUUAGUAUUAACCAUUAUGAACGGUGGGGAUCUAAAGUUUCACAUAUACAACAUGGGAAACCCCGGUUUUGACGAGCAGCGAGCAGUGUUCUACGCUGCAGAACUUAGCUGUGGGCUGGAAGAUUUGCAGAGGGAGAGAAUUGUUUACAGAGAUUUGAAGCCUGAAAAUAUCCUACUGGAUGAUCGUGGACACAUCAGGAUAUCGGAUCUUGGUUUAGCUGUGCAAAUACCUGAAGGAGAGUCUAUUCGAGGACGAGUAGGGACAGUAGGUUAUAUGGCACCAGAAGUUAUCAACAACGAAAGUUACACAUUCAGCCCUGAUUGGUGGGGACUUGGCUGUCUAAUCUAUGAGAUGAUUCAGGGUCAGUCGCCAUUUAGGAAACGGAAAGAAAAAGUGAAAAGGGAGGAAGUAGACCGACGGGUUAAGGAAGAUGAGGAGGAAUAUUCUGAGAAAUUUUCAGAGGAUGCCAAGGCAAUCUGCAGGAUGUUACUCACUAAAGAUCCAAAACAGAGGCUGGGCAGCAAAGGAGAUGGUGCCAGUGGUGUGAAGCAGCACCCCAUUUUUAAGAACAUUAACUUCAAGCGCCUGGAAGCCUACAUACUGGAACCACCAUUUGUCCCUGAUCCCCGUGCUGUAUAUUGCAAGGACGUGUUGGAUAUUGAGCAGUUUUCUACUGUGAAAGGAGUUAACUUGGAUACCACAGAUGAUGAUUUUUAUUCCAAGUUUGUAACGGGGUGUGUCUCCAUCCCCUGGCAACAAGAGAUGAUUGAGACAGAAUGUUUUAAGGACAUCAAUGUUUACGAGAUGGAUGGCAGCUUGUCACCAGACCUAGAUCUGAGCAAACAGAACAUUAGACCAAAGAGAAGCUUCUUUCAUCGACUUUUUAGAAGAGGGGAAAACCCAUCAGUGAAAAGUGAUCCUAACGCAUGUCAGAUACCUCUCCCAUAGGAUGGAGAUGCAUAGCAGACAAACCUACAUUUUAAAGGCUGUUUUAAAUCUUCCUACAGCGAUGAUGAAGAAGAGGCCUCCAGACCGUGAACCACUGUCCAAUAGCCAAAAACAAUCAAAUCCUAGAGAGUUAAACUGCAAAUAUUUUAUUGUAUCUAUGAACUGUAAAAGUGUAUUAUAAAUUUAAAAAAAAAAAAAUUCUGUAUGAGUUUACAGAUUUUGUACAUUUGUACUUGAAUUAUGUUAAGAUGUAUAUUUUCACUAAAAGUUUAUUGUAUAAAAAUGGCCAUAUUAGUACCACUCCAAUGCAUAUAGUUAUAUAUAAUUUUAUUUCAAAUGACUGAAAGUGUUUUAAGCUAUGUUCCAUGUUGGCUGCAAUUUUACAUUUUAUAGGUUAGAGAACCGGUAAGCUGAAGGCUGUUUAACUUUUUUUUAUAUUCAAAAACAGUGAUGUUUUUAAUUUUUUUUAUUAUGUAACUCAUUUAUUUAAUUCUGUACGCUACGUUCUGUGCAUUGUCAAAAGACGCAAUCCUGGGAAGCAUUAGAAUGAUUUUAUGCUAAGUGUAUGAGUUUUAAUCUCUCUCUCUCUCUCUCUCUUGUCUUCAUCUCUCUUUCUCUUUUUUUCUCUCUCUUUCUCUCUCUCUUUUUCUCUCUUCUUUUCUCUCUUCUUUUCUCUCCUCUCUCUUGUCUUUUUCUUCUCUCUCUCUCUCUUCUCUCUCUCUUCUCUCUCUCCUCUCUCUCUUUCCUCUCUCUCUUUCCUC